AUGGCCGGCAUGGACCCAAAGCCCGAGGCCUCCAUGAGGAAGCUGGCACACUGUGCCAUCCUGGCCGCCAAUAACAUCACGGCGGCCCAACCCAUCAAGCAGGACAAGGCCAUCAGGGACGCCGCCCAGGCCGCCGUCGGUCUUGUCGAGGAUGACCCUUUAAUCAGCAUCAUCGUCAUCCAGUUCACCUGUGUUGCUGCCCACCGUCGAUUCUUUAGAGUCGCUCUCCGAGGCGGAUCCCCCACCAUACCCAGGAUCAUGGUGACUGAGAACAAGAGGAUUGAGGACAACCCCCCUUCAGCCCAGCUGGCAGUUUCAGCUCCACCUAGUCCUGACAACUCUUCAGCUUCUCCUAGUCCUGACAACUCUUCAGCUUCUCCUAGUCCUGACAACCCUUCAGCAGAGGGAGAGGCCGUGGGGGGAGGGGCCGUGGGGGGAGGGGCUGCACAGUCCAGCAUGCAAACGAAGAAGACGGUGGGUACCAUCACGAGCACUUCACAGAUGAAGACGACGGCACCGAGGUCCGUCCUGCGCGCCGAGGACGUGGAGGGCGCGGGCGAGGAGGGCACGGAGGGAGGGGCCGUGGAGGGAGGGGCCGUGGAGGGAGGGGCCGUGGAGGGAGGGGCCGCACAGUCCAGCAUGCUACCGAGGAGGAAGAGGCCGUGGAGGAAGAGGCCGUGGAGGGAGGGGCCGUGGAGGGAGGGGCCGUGGAGAGAGGGGCCGCACAGUCCAGCAUGCUACCGAGGAGGAAGAGGCCGUGGAGGAAGAGGCCGUGGAGGGAGGGGCCGUGGAGGGAGGGGCCGUGGAGGGAGGGGCCGUGGAGAGAGGGGCCGCACAGUCCAGCAUGCUACCGAGGAGGAAGAGGCCGUGGAGGGAGGGGGCCGUGGAGGGAGAGGCCGUGGGGUGAGGGGCCGCACAGUCCAGCAUGCUACCGAGGAAGACGGUGGGUACCAUCACGAGCCCUCCACAGAUGAAGACGACGGCACCGAGCUCCGUCCUGCGCGCCGUGGACGUGGCGGGCGCGGAGGAAGAGGUCGAGGAGGGACGGGCCGCGGAGGGAGAGGCCGCACAGUCCAGCAUGCAAACGAGGAAGACGGUGGAUACCAUCAUGAGCCCUUCACAGAUGAAGACGACGGCACCGAGGUCCGUCCUGCGCGCCGAGGACGAGGGUUGAGGGGCCUUUCAGAAAAAUAUGACGAACGAGUCACGAUGAAGCCUGAAACAUACAGGAUAGGCAUUGAAGGAGUGAAGCGUUACAGGCAAAAUGAUGUGGAUGAACUUGAACAGUUCCAGUGA